AUGACCACCAUCUGGCACCCAGACUUGUUGAGCAGGGACCCCAUCGUCGUUAAGGAAGAGCCCGACGACGACCACCACCAACCCCCCGCCGUCAACGUCGAACCUCCCGCGGACGACAACGAGGAAGACGAAAAGACGGAGGAUCUCGCGGGGAAGGGGACGACGAUUUGGCGACCCAACCUCGACCGGCUGUACGCCAGCGUCGCCGAGAUGGAGGGAUCGGAGAGCGAAGAGGAUCAGAAGGAUGCGAGGAAGAAGGGCGUGAAGCGGAAGAGAGCCCCUCCCACGAAGGGGCCAUGCGAGCACGGGGUGAAGUGGCGGUCGAAUUGCAAGGUGUGCAGGGCUUGUCCGCACGGGAAGAGGCGCGCUCAUUGCAAGGAGUGCAGUGGGGCAUCAUUCUGCAAGCACGGCCGUCGGCGCUCUAGGUGCAAGGAGUGCGGCGGGUCUCAAAUCUGCGUGCACGCUCGUGAGCGCUCUAAGUGCAAGGAGUGUGGCGGGGGCUCAAUAUGCGAGCACGGCCGUCAGCGCUCUCAGUGCAAGGAGUGCGGCGGGGGCUCAAUAUGCGAGCACAGUCGUGAUCGCUCUAAAUGCAAGGAGUGCGGCGGGGGCUCAAUCUGCGUGCACGCUCGUGAGCGCUCUUACUGCAAGGAGUGCGGUGGGGGCUCAAUAUGUGAGCACGAUCGUAUUCGCUCUCGGUGCAAGGAGUGCGGCGGGGGUGCAAUCUGCGAGCACGGCCGUCGGCGCUAUCAGUGCAAGGAGUGCGGUGGGUCUGGAAUCUGCGAGCACGGCCGUCGGCGCUCUAAGUGCAAGGAGUGCAAGAAAUAA